GCCUCGCCAGGCAAGCUUUCAGUCAGAGGAUCCGUCACUCAACGAGACCCCCAUCUAGCCCGUGUCAGACUGUGUGUGCCUCACGGCGGAAAGCUCGGUCCCGAUAAAUACGACAUCAAGACCCCGCUGGAUGUAGGUGGACCUCCAGCGUUCAACAGAUCGGCAAUUCGACUGUCCACUACCCCUGCGAAGAAGAAAAGAUGAGGCGCCCGAAAGACAAUAGCGGAGCCAACUGGCACAUGUGAGCGACAUUUACCAAAUUCCCGAGCCAAUAAUAUGGACAGACUAGCUCUCAAGAUCUGGUUGUAAUUAGCCGACGCAACUGCUCUUGGCAUUGGAGUAGGCUGAGCCCAUGCCAACAUGACCAGACUAUUGUUUAGCAUCGUUGUAACGGAAUGGGCCCGCAGGAAUUUUGGCACCGGUUUUACGCAGCAGACCACAUAGUUCAAUCGACGUACCUCAACUAGGAGACAGAAUACUGAGGCUGGCAUGGACAAAGAAUGCUAACACAUCUCGUAGUAUUGCUAUGAGAUAAAAAGACACCAGUGAAGCACCCUGCUGGUUCCUCCCGACAAGUGGACCAGACUAUCAUCGUCAGGAUUCAAGUUUGGACCUCAGCAAGUCCAAAACGACCUUCCCCUCCUGCAAAAAGAAUUAUCUUACAUCUUAAAGCAUAUUCACAGACUCGCAUAGCGAGUCUGUGAACAGGUGAGGGAGGGACACUGUCUGCCCCACUGUCCAGCGACACCAUGAGCUGGAGCUUCCUCACGCGGCUGCUGGAGGAGAUCCACAACCACUCCACCUUCGUGGGGAAGCUGUGGCUCACCGUGCUCAUCGUCUUCCGCAUUGUCCUCACUGCCGUUGGGGGAGAGUCCAUCUACUAUGACGAACAGAGCAAAUUUGUCUGCAACUCUGGCCAGCCGGGCUGCGAGAAUGUCUGUUACGACGCCUUUGCCCCUCUAUCUCAUGUUCGCUUUUGGGUCUUCCAGAUUAUAUUGGUUGCUAUGCCUUCUCUCAUGUACAUGGGCUAUGCUGUCAACAAAAUUGCACGAUUGGAUGAGGCCAAAGGAGGAAGUGGCUCUGCUGCAGUUAGAACAGGAGGAGGGGGAUACACGCACAGGAAGCCCAGGAAAAUUUUCUUUGGAGCACAGCAGCACCGGGGCAUCGAGGAGGCGGAGGAUGACCAAGAGGACGAUCCCAUGAUUUAUGAGGUGCCAGAGAUCGAGCCGCCAAAAAGGCUGCGGGAUCCAUUGCAGCCAACACCCAGGCCCAAAAUCCGCCAUGAUGGGCGGAAACGUAUAAGAGAUGAAGGGCUGAUGAGGGUUUACGUUUUGCAACUGGUGAUUCGUACACUGCUAGAAACAGGCUUCCUUGCAGGGCAGUAUUUGCUGUAUGGGUUCCGUGUGAAGCCUGUAUUUGUGUGCUCGGGGAAACCUUGUCCCCACAGCGUUGACUGCUUUGUCUCGCGGCCUACAGAGAAGACCAUCUUUCUGCGCAUUAUGUAUGGUGUCACUGUCCUAUGUCUCACGCUCAAUAUCUGGGAGAUGCUGCAUUUGGGGAUUGGUACCAUCUGUGAUAUUCUCCGCCGUCGGCGCUGCCCACCUCAGGAGGAUGAGUACCAGUUGGGAUUGCUGGGCACUAAUGGAGGUGUGGAGGGUCCAGUAGGGGGGACAGGGCCUGAGGCAGGCUCUGAGGGAGGGUUGGGUGGAGAUGGGCCUGCAGAUUAUGUUGGUUACCCCUUUUCUUGGAAUACCCCAUCAGCUCCACCUGGCUACAACAUUGUGGUCAAACCAGAACAGAUGCCAUACACAGACCUUAGCAACGCUAAAAUGGCAUGCAAGCAAAACCGGGCAAACAUUGCCCAGGAAGAGCAGCAGCAAUUUGGUAGCAAUGAGGAUAACUUUCCUACUGGAGGGGAGGCCCGCGUUGCGUUGAACAAAGACAUGAUCCAGCAAGCUCAUGAGCAACUGGAGGCGGCUAUCCAGGCAUACAGUCAGCAGCACCGGGCAGAGGAGCAGCAUGGGGACAACCAGGAUGACAAGCCCCAAAGUAAUAUCAUACAGGCACAGCCUCAGCCACAGCCACAUAAAGAGAGAAAGCAUAGAUUCAAGCAUGGGAAAGGAGGCAGCAGUGGAGGAUGCAGUAGCAGCAACAGCAGCAGCAGCAAAUCGGGAGAAGGCAAGCCCUCUGUAUGGAUUUAAUCCCUGAAACAUGACAUGUAUGGAGAUCCUGCAUAUUUAAAUUACUGGAUUACAGGUUGUUGACAUUUAUUGGGAUAAUUAAACACACCAUAGUGCCUUUAAGAAUCCUGCAAGCUGGAGAAGAAGUCUGUUUAUGUACUAAGGUGCGUGGAAGAAGAUGUGAUUUUGCAGCUGACAAUUAGAUUUGUCUGGGAUAUCACUGUUUAACUUGAAACAUCACACCAACACAAACUAUAUACACAAUGUGUCGUUAACAUGUUUUAUUCUCGUCAAGACAUCUUAUUGUCCGUUGUCAUCCUUUCUUAGGGAUUUUAAAUUACUGAAUGAUAACGAGUUGUCUUGCAAAUCAGAUUGAUCCCAGAUUUGGCUGAGCACCAUUCCUUGCUACUCCUCUGCAAAGACAGUCUCAAUAUUUACAUUGGCAUCCUUAUUCUUCUGGAAAUUGAAAUAAAUGAUCAUAAUAAUACGAUGCAAUGUCAUCACUACAUUCUGGCAAGUUUUAGCAAAGACAGGGUACUGUUUAACAAGAACAACAACAACGUAAACGCAAUCAAAUUAUGUUCAGUAACAGCGCCUAAGGCAGUGACUUUAUAACGCAGUGAGAAAUUCACCUUCCUGAAGGUGUCAUAUGUGUCUGAUGUGUUUAUAUUAUGUACCCUGUUAUUUGUUUGUUCAUUUGAAAACUGCUACACAAGCUGCUGCUUUUAAACCGAUGAGUACAGCAGGUUUUUCAUGCAGUCUACAUCUGAAACGUCCUGUGAUUUAUUUUAGAAGGCUCAUAAUCAAUCCUUUUUCCAUACCUUACUUUUCAACUCCUCAGUUUCUCUCUAAGGCUCUUCAUGGCUAUUGAACAAGGCUGCUCAGCACUCCACUGUUGUCUCAUCUGCCUUGUAGUUGUGUGCCCCCUGGUGGUAUCUUCUUCUGGCAACAUUUAUGGGGAGUAGAUACUAGAUGCCAUUGUUACCUGCAUCCAGCAACAUCUUAACCAGCUGUAGUGUUCCUUUUCUAUUCACAAGCAUUGUGUCUGAUAAGUGUUCUCAGCGCUACAGUGUUCUAUACACAAGGCUGCAAUAUCACAACAUUGAAAUGGAAAAGGUUUAAAGCCAUUACUAUGAUAUAGUGAGACCAAACACUGUUAGUGUGAUGCAAGUGUCAGUGCCAAGAUAUUAUGCUAUGCUGUCAAGAGCAUGGAUAUUUGUAGCUUUGGAAUACGGUGGCCAACACUUUUGUAAACGUCACUUGUUUUUUGUAUAGGUGUGUUUAUUCAUUUUCCGGAAUGGGAUUUAAAACGAAAAAACAAACCCCAAAAUAGGAUUUGAUUUUUAUGCUUGAUCAAGUAUUUGUUUAUGAAAACACUCUUUUUUUCAAUAAUUUUUGUAAAAUAAAGAAAAAGGUAAGCCAGUUAUUUUACCAAGUUGUAUAGGUAUUUAUGGGUAUGUGUAUUAAAUUGCCUUCAAAUUGUAAAAAAAAUUGAAAUAUGACAUAGUAUAUUUUUAUAAUAUGUCGGAUACAGUGACUUAUUAUCGUAAAGAAAAAAAGCCAGACUUUUCCCUGUAUGUUACAGUAUCAGUAUUUAAUGUAUUUUAAUAAACAGUGUUGCUUUUUUUCCAAUGUUGUUCUGAAAUCUGCUCCACAGCUGUUUGUGGAGACAAACUGGCUGAUGUCGCCAGUUGGGAAGAAGACAUGAAGUGCCAAAUUAUUCAAACCAUUCCAAGAUGCGGCUGCAUAUGAACAAGCCACAGUUCAUUUUAUGAAGAAAUUGGGAAGGGGAUGAAUCUGAAAAUCUAGCACAUUAUGAUCUUUAUUUAAUAAAUCUUAAGUGAAGGAUCUGAGACUUUCCCAGCAACUAUUGACUAGUAACUAACUGAACAAACCAUCGACAUGCAAAGUUGUGAGGACAGACAUGUGAUGUGGCUUCCUUUAGAUAAAUACAAAGCACAAUACAACAGGAUGCUCAAGUAGAAUGAGUGUUUCUGAUUGGUUGGUUUUCCUAUUGGCGCCACAUAUCCGUUCAACAAAACGGCACAGACAAGAUUUUUGACUAAACUUUUUACCCUGUUUUGUUGAAGUGAAAACACUCAACACUCAACAGUAGGAUCCCCUGCCUUCCUUUCAAAGAAGGGAGCCCUUUGGAAAGUAUAGGAAGGGCAUUUUAAGGGAGGUGCCUUGAAGUAAAAGCCCCAUCUGCUCAGAGUCUGCAUUUUUGGCAGCUUUUUAAGGUUAUUUGGUUAGGACUUGCCUGUUUUGAAGUGAAAAGAAUGGAAUUCAAGCAGCCAUCUUGGUCAAAUGGAUUACCCUGUGCUAGAGUUAAGUGUGUAAUAGUGUUGUCCUGUUGUCUUUAUGCAUUGAGUGACUGAGACAGAAAGUGAAUAAGAUACAAAGUAAAAAGUUUGCUCGCUGGACAGAAAUGGCUUUUCAUUUAUUUGUAUAACGGUUUUUAAUCUCCUCUGAAUAUUGUCACUGUCCUGUGAAAACCUGGUGUCUUCGAAAUGUCACUUCGGUUUAUUUAAAAAAUCCCUUCAAGCAAACACAUCAAACCAAGGAUAAAGGUGCUCUUUUUAAUUUAGUGCUGAUGAUAGUCUAUCAUAAGUGUCUCUUCUGUGUUUUGUGCAUUUGGGAGAUAGUAUUAUAAGAGUGUGGGCCUAUUAGCAAGGAUUUUUUUUCCCAACCCAUAAUGAGCAUCUAAUUUCCAUUUUCGCAGUACAACAUGCCCAUGUUGGUUCAUUUCAGGACAUUUUCAUCCUUGAUUCUUCAAGGAUUUUCAGCUAAAAUGUAAAAAAAGUACUGACAGUGUGCAGGAAUUUAACUUUUUAUUUGACAUGUUAACAAGAUAAUACUUAUCUCCCCCAAUUUCCUUUGUUUUACAUGGUCACAAUAUGCAAUUGAGAACCUUGUAAGACACACGUUGGAGCUGAAAUUGAAAUGAUCCCUCAUGCCUGGUAGCUGAAGGAGUUAUAAGGGAAAGAAUGUCACAAUGUUAUUGUAUCAGAAGUAAUUUGUGGUUCUAUUUAUCAGGGAUACCAUAAUGUCCAACCUCAGCAUCUGACUGUCUAUGUAAAAUAAUGUCUGUGUUCAGAAAAAAAGGACUUUAGUGUUUCCCUACAUGUUUCUUAUAGUCACCCAUGUGGGCUGUUGCAAUAAAUCUAGUUGUAUUACCAGUACAAACUAAUUCUUACAUGCAUUUGUGUGUUUUUGUUUUUCUAUGCCUUUUGUAAACUGUGUAUUUCUUUAUGUACUAUUCUGGUAUCCACUGGGAAAUCUUUUUUUUCAGAAUCUUUGAUGAACACAUUUGCAUGUGAAAAUACCUAUUUUCUUACAAAAUAAAUCCGAAAUGUAUACCAA